CGCCCGCCUCUCUCAGUGGAGGACAUCCACUUAAAUGCAGUUCCAGGUUUGCCAGGCAUCCCGGAGCAUCACUCCUCCUGUGAGCAGGCAAAUGCAACAUGCUCUCCAGCCUGGGGUGUCUGCUUCUCUGUGGAAGUAUUGCCCUUGCCCUGGGAAAUGCACAGAAAUUGCCAAAAGGUAAAAGACCAAGCUUGAAAGUGCACAUCAACACCACCAGUGACUCCAUCCUCUUGAAGUUCCUGCGUCCAAAUCCAAGUGUAAAAUUGGAAGGUUUUCUCUUGGGAUAUGGCAGCAACGUGUCUCCAAACCAAUACUUCCCUCUUCCCACAGAAGGGAAAGUCACUGAGGCAGUAGUAGAUGCAGAGCCCAAGUAUCUGAUAGUCGUGCGACCCGCUCCUCCUCCCAGUCAGAAGAAGUCAUGUUCAGGGAAAUCUCGCUCUCGAAAACCUCUCCAGCUUGUGGUUGGUACUUUGACACCAAGUUCAGUCUUCCUGUCCUGGGGUUUCCUCAUCAAUCCACACCACGACUGGACAUUACCAAGUCACUGUCCCAAUGACAGAUUUUAUACAAUUCGAUAUAGAGAAAAAGAUAAAGAAAAGAAAUGGAUUUUUCAACUCUGUCCAGCUACUGAAACAAUUGUGGAAAAUCUCAAGCCCAACACGGUAUAUGAAUUUGGUGUAAAAGACAAUGUAGAAGGUGGAAUUUGGAGCAAGAUUUUCAACCAUAAGACUAUUGUUGGAAGUAAAAACAAAGUAAAUGGGAAAAUCCAAAGCACUUAUGACCAGGUCCACACAGUGCCAGCGUAUGUCCCGAGGAAGCUAAUCCCAAUCACAAUCAUCAAGCAAGUGAUUCAGAAUGUUACCCACAGGGCUUCAACGAAAGCCCCAGAGAAGACUCCCUUUGGAGGAACAAUACUAGUUCAUCUUAUUAUUCCGGGUCUUAAUGAUUCCACGGUAAAACUUCCCACAUCCAUAAUGCUUGAGAUUUCGGAUGCUCUCAAGGCACAAUUAGCUAAGAAUGAAACGUUUACAUUAGCAGCAGAAUCUAAAACGCCAGAAGUUGAAAACGUUGAAGCCCAGCCAGUAACAGUGACUCCAGAAACAGUUUCAAGAAGCAUUAAGCCCACAGUGUCUAGUGCCUUAGACACAGCAGAAACGGUGUUGGACCUCAGUGAGAAGACCCCAGCACAUUCGGUUCUAAUACCUGAGUCUGAAUUGCCUUUGAGCACUCUAGCCCCAAAAAGGUUCCCAGAGUUUCCUGAGGCAAAACUAGACUUCCCUUUGGAAAAACCAGAGGAUACCUUGGCUUCAAGUGAAGAGCCAUGGGUGGCACCUGGAGCUAAGACAUCUGAAGAUUUCAAGUUUGUACAGCCUCAAACUGAAACUCACGAUCUUAUCUCAAGCUCAACAACUUCAGAUGAGAUGGCAAAAGAGCCCCACACAGCAGCAACAAGUGAUCCUACUCUGGACUCUGUCCCACCUAAAACUCCUAGAACUCCUGAACAGCCAAAGGCAACACUGGCUUCAAAUGAAGCAUCAUUUGAUCCUCAAAAUGUGGAAGUCUUCACCAGUCCUGAAGUACAACCAACAACAACUGCUCCCCAGCAAACUACGUCUAUCCCCACCACACCUAAACGACGCCCCAGACCCAUCACGCCAAAAGUCAAACCUGCCCCAAAACCUGAGACUCUACCAUCAGCACCAUCAACAAAGGCUCCACCAAGGACCAAACGACCAGGUCGCCGCCCCCGUCCUACAACCACACAUAGUCCAGAAACGCCUGAGUCCCAAACGGCUCUGGAACCUGCCACGGUGCCAUCGGAGCUCUUGGUACCCACAAUUGCCCCCAAAAAACAACGACCAAAAAAUCACCGUCCACGUCCUCAUGGACCCCAAGCCACCCCAAGCCAAAAGAUACCUCAAACUACACCAGCUUCAGCAACAACCAAAAAAGUCCGCCGCCCACGUCCCAAACCUAAAACCACACCCCAUCCAGAAGCACCUCAGACUAUAUUGGUUCCUGCUACAACCCUUGAAGCAGUUACUAGAACUGAGGCUCCAGAACUGACCUUAGCUCCCAAACUGCCUCAACAACCAAGGCAUCCACAUCCCAAACCUAAAACUACAAGGAGUCCAGCAGCACCUCAGGCCGAACUGGUUUCUACUUCAGUCUUUGAACCCGUUACUCCUUUAACAGAGGAUCCAGUGACCACAAUAGUUCCUAUUACAGACCGUGAACCUGUUACAGACCUUGAAGUGCCUGUUGCUUUUAGAACUGAGGCCCCCAGGACAACACUAGCUAGCAAAAUGUCAAAAAGAACUCGCCGUCCAAGACCCAGACCUAAAGCCACAGUGAGCCCUCAAGCACCUCAGACAAAACCUGUUCCUCCUGUAGUCCUGGAACCUGUCACCCUUACACCUGAGGCCCCAGUCACAACACUAGCUCCCAAAAUACCACAACAAAAACAUCAUCCACCUCCCCAACAAAAGCCCAUAAUGAGACCUGAAGUACCUGAGUUCAAGCCAGUUCCUACAACAGAACUUGAAGCUGUGACACUCGGAACUGAGACUUGGGUGACAACAAAAGCUCCUAAAACAUCAAAACGGACCCGUCGUCCACGCCCCAAACCUAAAACCACAACAACUUCUGAGGCUCCUCUAACUACACCUGUUGCUGCUACAGAGCUUGAACCCAGUGCUUUUAGAACGGAAGCUCCUGCGACUGUGGUUCUUGCUACAGCCCUUGAACCUGUCAGUCUUAGCACCAAGGCUCCUGAAAGAUCAACAUUAGCUCCUAAAGUACAAAGGACCCGCCGUCCACGUCCCAGACCUAAAACCACAGCAAGUACUGAUAUGUCUGAGUCCAAGUCGGCCCUCACUGAACUGCAAACUCUUGUUUUGAAACCCGUGACUUCACCAAGCCUAGAAAUGACACAAAGUCAACCUGUUUCUGAUGACCUGGAAUUGGUUGUGUAUAGUACUGAGUCAUCGCAGAAGACAAUAGCACCAGGUGAAACAGAUUAUAUAGAUACCACUACCAAAGAACCUCUCAGGCCAGAGGAGCCAAGGACAGAAAGUGUUGUGGAGUCUCUUACACAUGUGUCUGAGCUUCCUGAGACCCUGCUAGAAACAUCAUCUCUGCCUUCCCAAACUAUAAUCCUACUCAGACCAGAUGUGCCUCAGACUGAACCUGCUCCCAGGCAGACACCCGGUACUCCCCACAAGCUCAAAACAACACCACCCCCAAGAAUCCCACCGCAACCACCAGUUCCUAGGGGAUCUCAGCACACUAUUUCCAAACCAAAAAUGCCACCAAGUCCUGAAGUGACAGACACUAAAUCUGUUCCAACGGAUGAACAACUUUCCCAUAAAACAGACCCUGAGAGCUCUCAUAGCGAAACUGUCCUGCCUCCUGUCACCUUUAGAGCUGAGCCACCAAAGCCAACAAUAGCACCCUUAGAGACACUGGACAUUUCUUCCACACCUGUAAUUUCACCACGACCUAGUCAAGAGGAGCUACAAACCACCUGGGAAGAAACAGACCAUUUUACCCAGGCGAUCUUCACAACUAAGAUUCCAAGGACGACUGAAUUGGCAAAGACAACUCAGGCACCACACAGAUUGCACACGACUCCUGUGAGGCCCAGAAUACCUGACAGACCACAUGCCAGGCCAGUUCAGAACAAAACAACCACAAAGCCUGGUAAAACCAAACCCAAAGUGAUACCCCAUGGAAACGGAGUGGGAACAGGAACCAAGCAAGCACCUAAGCCGUCAAGUACUGGGAGAAAUAUGUCAGUGGACUCACAUGCCACGAAAAAACCAGCUACAAUUCCAGGAACUCGUCCAUUCAUUCCUCCUAGACCUAUGCCCCCUAGACCUAGACCUCCGCAGAGAAAACCUUUGCCACCAAACAAUGUCACCGGAAAGCCAGGAAGUGCAGGAAUCAUUUCCUCGAGCAGAGUGACUUCCCCACCGCUGAAGGCAACACUCAAACCUACUGGAACAGCCGUAGAGAGAUCAGAGGUAGAGAAAAAGCAUCCAACCACUCCAGCUUCAGAAGAAGAAAUUGGCAAUACGACUGAUUUUAGUUCAAGCCCAACUAAAGAAACCGAUCAUCUUGGGAAGCCCAGAUUCACAGGCCCUCAUGUGCGAUACAUCCCAAAGCCAGACAACAAGCCCUGUUCCAUCACUGACUCCGUCAGACGGUUCCCUACAGAGGAAGCCACAGAGGGGAAUGCCACCAGCCCACCACAGAACCCUCCUACCAACCUCACCGUGGUCACCGUGGAAGGCUGCCCCUCAUUUGUCAUCUUGGACUGGGAAAAGCCACUAAAUGACACUGUCACUGAAUAUGAAGUUAUAUCCAGAGAAAAUGGGUCAUUCAGCGGGAAGAACAAAUCCAUUCAAAUUACCAAUCAAACCUUUUCUACAGUAGAAAACUUGAAACCAGAUACAAGCUAUGAAUUCCAGGUGAAACCCAAAAAUCCACUCGGUGAAGGCCCUGCCAGCAAGACGGUGGCAUUCAGUACAGAAUCAGCUGACCCAAGAGUGAGUGAGCCAAUUUCUGCAGGAAGAGACGCCAUCUGGACCGAAAGACCCUUUAACUCAGACUCUUACUCCGAAUGCAAAGGCAAACAAUAUGUUAAAAGGACAUGGUAUAAGAAAUUUGUCGGAGUGCAGCUGUGCAACUCUCUGAGAUACAAGAUUUAUUUAAGCGACUCCCUCACAGGAAAGUUUUACAACAUAGGAGAUCAGAGGGGCCAUGGAGAAGAUCACUGCCAGUUUGUGGAUUCAUUUUUAGAUGGCCGCACGGGACAGCAGCUAGCCUCUGACCAGUUACCCACCAAAGAAGGCUACUUCAGAGCCGUUCGUCAGGAACCUGUCCAGUUUGGAGAGAUAGGCGGUCAUACCCAAAUCAAUUAUGUCCAGUGGUAUGAAUGUGGGACCACAAUUCCUGGGAAAUGGUAGCUGCAGCACAGCUGUUUCCAAAGUAACAAAGAACCCGUUGGAAAGCCUAUGGUGUUUGUCACCCCCCACUCCCAGCUCUUUUGUUUACUGUGUAUUAAAGUCUGCAGCCCAACUGAGAGCAGCACUCGAUGCUCAUUGUUAGAAAAGAUUUCUGAGACGAUUUAUCAGGUUUACAAAGAUGCUUUAAGAAAGCAAGAUAUUAACAUUAAUAGAAUAACAUUUUUUUAGGGAAGCGGGCUCCCUAGUCAUGAUAUUUUAAGAGAACAUUUGUAUAUUAUUUAUCACACUGUUGUAAUGUUUUCAGAUACUUUUAUAACAAAAUUAAUGUCAAAAAAUCUUUAAUAUGCUUUAUAAAAAGUAUUUACUUUAUGAAUGUGUACCUGUUGUUGUUGGUGAGUUAAUCCCAUAAAUCUCUACUUGGUUUAACUUAUUGGAUCAAAAAAUCUUCAGCAUAGACAUGUGAGAGAAAGUGGUUCUAAUAUUUAAAAUUAUGUAAACUUCAAUUUGUUAGCACAGAUGAACAGAUUUUCAAGCUUAAAUAGUUAUGGAUUCAUGCUCACUUCUCCAUAACCUGCCAGCAAAUUACCGAAAAGAAAAACCUAUAUAAUUUUAUCUCAACCAAACAGCUGAUAAUCUGACGUGCCAAAUGAUAAAUUUUGAUGUUUUGAUUCUGUACCGAUAAUAUUACGUAUAAAAAUACUUUCUCAAACUCUUCCUUUUAACAUUCUUUUGAGCGGCUCUGUGGUCCUAUUCAAGCUGUACGUAGAGACUGAGUGUGAAGUCAGCAUGGAAAGACAGCGCAUGUGAGAUGCUAUUGUUUUAAAUGAUAUAUUAUAUAUUUAUACAUUAAGGCCAUGAAUGAAUGUAUCAGAGGUUGUUUUGUGGACACUGUUUACUCAUGCUGUAACAAAACUGACUCGUUAUGAAGCGGGAGUACAUAUUUUUGGGAGGGAGCAAGAAUAUUAUUGCCUGCCCUGAAAAAACUUUUCUCUAUGUGUAUCUUUCAAUAUGCUUCAGUUUUAUCAAUGCUACAUUUUGUACUUUUCAAGCAAAUAUAAA